GACACCAUAUAUACCCACCAGUUCUCUCCUUCCAUGAACAACUCAAAGUGAAAGAGAGAACAAAAAUUUAGACAUUUAGAUUUCAUACAAUACAAACACACAUACAUGGCUGAGAUGGAGUUCACCACUGCUGAACUGGUGGAGGCCCAUGCACAAGUUUGGAACCUCUCGUUCGGCUACUUGAAAUCCAUGUGUCUCAAGUGUUCACUGGAGCUCGGCAUCGCUGAUAGAUGUGUUCAAGGGUUUGAAGUCAGUGGUCGAUGUUGGUGGUGGCACUGGAAUUAUGGCAAGAAGUAUAGCUCAUGCUUUCCCGAGGGAUUAAGUGCACUGUGUUUGAUCUCCCUCAUAGGAGUUGAUACCUUGGAAGAUCAACAACCUGGUGUGGCGUAUGUUGAGGUGACAUGUUUGCAUCUGUCCCUUAUGCAAAUGCUGUUUUUAUUGAAGUGGAUUUUGACAUGGUGGAACAAUGAAGAGUGUGUCAAAAUAUUGCAACGUUGCAAGGAAGCCAUUCCACCUAGAGCAGAUGGUGGGAAAGUUAUUAUAAUUGAUAUGGAGGGAUCCUUAUGGCUUGAGCUUGUGGCUUACGACCGUUAUGCUCAUCGUAAAGGAUGA